CCGGCCUGGUAGCACCACCAGCUUCUUCGGCGGCUGCCGUCAUCGUCGGUGCUGCUGAACUGUGGUGAGAUAGAUGGAUUGUCCACCAUCUCCAUAGAGCUCAGUCAACUUUGAAAUGUCACUGCAAGAUUAGGUAACCUAACCCAUGGGGAAAGUGGGGAAGAUGUGGAACAGCUUCAAGUAUAGAUGCCAGAAUCUCUUUAAUCCUGAAAGCGGAAACCGAAAUGAACACAUAGAUGUGAACUCCAGUAGUUCAUCCGUUAAAGAUAAAAGUGUAUUUGUACCUGAUACCACUGAGCAACAGCCAAGUGGCCCUUUAAGAGAUGUUUCUUUACAACUGACUCUAAAUCCUUCAAGAAAUUCUUCAAGGAGAAAUCAGAACUGUGCCACUGAAAUUCCACAGAUCGUAGAAAUAAGCAUCGAGAAAGAAAAUGAUUUGGGUGUUGCCACCGGAACUAGACUUGCACGGAGGGAUUCUUACUCGCGGCAUGCUCCGUGGGGUGGGAAGAAGAAGCAUUCCUGCUCUACAAAAACUCAGAGCUCUUUGGAGAAUGAAAAAAGAUUUGGCCGUUCACGCUUGCAAAGGAGGGAGAGGAGAUAUGGUGUGAGCUCAGUUCAUGACACGGACAGUGUCUCAAGCAGGACCAUAGGAAGCCGUUCUUUACGACAGAGACUGCAGGACACAGUUGGCUUAUGUUUCCCCGUUAGAACUUACAGUAAACAAUCCAAACCUCUCUUUUCUAAUAAAAGAAAGAUCCAUCUUUCUGAACUGAUGCUAGAAAAAUGUCCUUUCCCUCCUGGAUCGGAUCUAGCCCAAAAAUGGCAUUUAAUCAAGCAGCACACGGCCCCAGUGAGCCCACAUUCAGCUCUUUUUGACGCGUUUGAUCCUUCUGUGGCUUCUACAGAAGAUGAAGAAGACAGGCUUAGAGAGAGACGAAGGCUCAGUAUUGAGGAAGGGGUUGAUCCUCCUCCUAAUGCGCAAAUACAUACUUUUGAAGCCACAGCACAAGUUAACCCAUUAUAUAAACUGGGGCCAAAGCUGGCCCCUGGCAUGUCUGAGGUAACUGGAGAUGGUACUACAACAUCACAGGGAAGUUGCGAUCCGGAGGGUGAUACCACAACCCUCUGCUUGCAGUCUCGUAGACAACGGCAACGGCAGAUGUCUGGAGACAGCCAUAGCCACAUCAGCAGACAAGGAGCAUGGAAAGUACAUACUCAGAUUGAUUACAUACACUGCCUUGUGCCGGACUUACUGCAGAUCACCGGUAAUCCAUGUUACUGGGGCGUAAUGGACCGCUAUGAAGCCGAAGCACUUCUGGAAGGAAAACCUGAAGGCACUUUUUUGCUCAGGGACUCUGCUCAAGAAGACUACCUCUUCUCUGUGAGCUUCCGCCGUUACAACCGGUCUCUACAUGCUCGCAUUGAGCAGUGGAACCACAACUUUAGUUUUGAUGCUCACGACCCUUGUGUAUUUCACUCCUCCACUGUUACUGGACUCCUAGAACACUACAAAGACCCUAGCUCUUGCAUGUUUUUUGAACCAUUGCUUACAGUUUCUCUAAACAGGACUUUUCCUUUUAGUUUGCAGUAUAUCUGCCGGGCAGUAAUCUGCAGGUACACCACGUACGAUGGGAUUGAUUUUCUCCCUUUGCCAGCAAUGUUACAGGACUUCUUAAAGGAAUAUCACUAUAAGCAAAAAGUUCGUGUGCGAUGGUUGGAGCGGGAACCAAUUAAGACAAAAUGAAUGGACUUCAGAGUCCCUUGUAAGCUCAGUAGAAUCUGUGUGGCUCUUUUUUUGAGAGGGGGUGCAUUACAGUAUAACCACAGCGAGCACAUCUGUGUUGAGUGCUUUUGGUGGGCAAUAUUGUACUUUAAACAUAGAGUUUUUAAAGUCUGUCAGAUGCUGCCUGUUAUUAAUCAAGCCUAGUUGUGAAUACCUCUUGAAAUGAUAUGCAGAUCACAAAAUAGUACGUUUUUAAAUGUAAGCUUUUUAGAUUAUGAUUUGCCAGUUCCUAGGUGUAUUCUUUUUUAUCACAGUUGCAGUAGUAGUUACGUGAGGCAGCUAUUGGGCAUUGACAUGUUCCACUCAGUUUCAGGAUGCAGAACACUGUUGGAGCACUAGAAUACCAGCAAUUAUGUUCCAGUCUAGCUGCUUUUUCAGCAGAAAUUAUCUUUUCAAAAUUCAAUUCCUCCUCAUAUGCCGAUUUUCAGAUUGAAACACUUUUUAAGAGGAAAAAAAGAGCAGUUAAGGCAAGCUUUGCCUUGUAUAUUGCAUUUAAAUUUAAAAAUAGUUUGUGUGCUAACAAGCACUUGCAGAUUGGAGACAUUUAACUCUUUUUAAAAUCAAAAUUUUGCUAUCACUUGAAUAAUAUAUUGCAUAUAGUGCAAUAAUUUAAUCAAUGAAAUAUGCAAAAAAAAACAAACCCACACACCCUUCCAAUGAAUAAAAUGGUUUUGCAAGAUAAACUCAUUUGAAGAGUUUGAGAUGGAAAAGAGGGAAUGGCUCUGCUAAAAUGGUGUCUGACUCCUGCAAUUUGUAUUAUGCACUUGCACUAAAGAUAACUUUUUAAAGGUCUGCUUAAUUAAUCAUGGGCAUUGUAUUAGUCUGUCAAGACGGUUUAAAUCAGUUAAUUUAACCAGUUAAUUGCCAGAACAAUGCAGCCCUUGGUUUAGAUAACAUUCUUAGCAAAUUUAGGUUACUUAAAAUAUUUUUAGUAACUGCUUGCUAAUCUAUCUUGUGCUGUUUGGUAUAACUGUUAAACUGAAUUCUGUUUAAGGUGACCGAGUUGUCUACAUAUUAGCUCAUUUUGAAUGGUUCAAACAGUAUUGUAAUCCUCUCCUAAAACUAUUAACGGUCACCUGUCUUGGCCAGCUCCUUUAGUUAUAACUGCAAGCUGUUCAAGACAGUUAGCAUUCUGUCCUACUUCUCUUCUUUCCCCUCCUCUAUCCUUUGCAGUGCAUCAGAAUUAAAGUUUCAUGCUUCAUAGGUACUGUUGUGUUUGUAAACUGUGUAGCACUUUCUUUGUAAUAUGUAGGUUGUGUGCUCUUUGAGCAAAAUGCUUUUGAGAUUUGCUCUAUUUUGCUUCCUUUUUUUGCUCUUGGACAUAACGCAACCUGUUUUGUCCUCGCUGUGUUUGCACUAAAACUUACAUUGGAGUAUGGAGUCCCUUGUUUUUGCUUAUGUAUUGUGUAUCAAUGAGUAGGACUCCCUAGUUACUUAAUCAGUUGCUACAGUAUGUUCUUAUGUGUCCAUGGCAGUAACUGUGAGGUAGGGAAUCUCUGCAGCUACAUAUUGAGAAGAUUUACUUGUAUGCCCACACUAACCCAUUUAUCAAUGUGUGUGUCUCCCUCACUCCUGCUUGCUGUGCCUUGUUACAGCUUUUUUUGUGCUAAUAAAGUACAGAAUUUUCAGUGUUAUACUUGUAUAUUUGCUCUUUUAUAUUUGAUAGCUUGUAGGAAUUAAGUUUUAACUUUUCAUUUAGUGUAGAUAGAACAAAUACUGUGCAGUUUGGUGUCAGGUCACCAAAUCAUAGUAUAAAUCAGAAUCCUAAAUGCAGGCACUUCUAAGCUGUCAGGGCCAUUUCAUGCAAACUCAGGUUUGUCGUAGAGUGUACACUCAGCAGAGCUAGAGCCUAUCACAACUGUGAGGCAUGCUUUCUGUCACGUUUGAACAUAUUGCCAAUUUAGAUGUGCACUUAAAUUGUUGUGUGUGUGCACCGAAAAUGUAAUGACUAAAAUAGCCCUCAGUAGUUUUGCAAAUCAUGGAAUGUCUGUAGCUAUGCAGAAACAAAUAACAGUAUAUUCUGUCUAUUGUAUGCGCUUAAUUAAUGGCCACUUCACACAUGACAAGUUUCACACAUAGAAAUUAUUUCUGGUUGAGAAAGCGUGUGAAAAUCAUGAAUACGUAGUAGAAGGGAUGCAUGUGUGGUCAUUACCCUGGGAUCCAUAUAGCUUUCCAAUAAAAUGUAUAGAUUUACACUUUAUCAUGUAGCUCUAAAAGCUGCCAGAAGACACAUUCAGCCCAACCGGCUGUUUGUUCAGUACUUUUGAAUAAGUUCAUCUUAAUUUUAAUUUCUUCUGUUUAUUCACAAUUUAUUAUCUGUUAUGUUUGAAAAGUUUUUAUACAGAUUUGUCAUGUUUGAAGUUAUCCUAUGGUCAGAUGGUUAUUCUGUAUAAAAUUAGCUAGCUGUUGCUUAAUAUCAUAGCAGCAAAGAAUACUGCAUGUAAUUAAGUUGGGCAAAAAUGUUUUGCACUACUGAAUUUGGUAUAAGAGUACAUUGAAUCAGCAACCAAGGGUCAGUGAUAGAAUAUAAGGAUAAAGGUUUUUUUUAAAUAUGUGGCUUCAGCCAACUUUUAUUAAUGAUUGCUAAAUAGGGUUCAUAUUUUAAUAUAACCCAUUGUAUUUGAUGUUGCUGUUUAUGAUAUAAUGGUAAAAGGAAAGUUAUUGUCCAUUCAGAUACUAGUUUAAUUUCUAACGUAUGAAAUGCACCUAAAUGUAAGCUCUGGUUCAGACACUCACUGAAGAGCAAUCCUCUCUUGUUGGGUAGAAGAGCAGCCAUUCCCCCUCUUCCCAAUGUGAUUUAGUGCAAGGCAGUAUGCCAUCUUCUGGCCUGGAUUCAUGAUGUACAGAUUCACAUUAUUUUUUCUUAAGAGGGGAAAGAUGCUGUUUAUCAGACCAUUCAAGCUACGGGGAGAUUCAUGUAUUUUUGCUUGUCUGCCUCAUACAGGGGAUUGCUGCCUCACAGGUGUCUAACCCUGGUUGGAGAUGUUUACCAAAGAGUUUGUGAAGGGAUAUAACUGCUGCAUAAAAUGUAUAAUUCAAACUAAAAUCAUUAAACCAAAGUAUGUACUCGGCUAUAAUAUGCAGUUUUAAAGAUCAUGAAAAUGCAUAGAACUACCAGCACUUACUCAUAAUUUUUCAGAUGCAGUGAAGACUCAGCAUACAGAAUUGUUCAAAUUCUUCUUCACAUUCAGAAGUCUGCUAUGAAAGGAGUUAAUGUAGAUCCCCAAAAAGCACUUUAAAAAUGUGGGUUUAUGGUCUUUUAUUUUUUGAAAACUAGGCUAGGGGUGGAAAAAUAUUUCAAAUUCCGACCAACUGGCAACAAACAUUUAAGAUGUUCAGGUACCUGUGAUAUUAACUCAGCAUUAAUUGAUGUAUCAAAUGUGGUUUCAGAUGUUACCAGCUUUCCAAUGUUGGAUUUCUAAUGUUUAGUUCUAAACAUACAAGUUCUUCUCACUAAUAUUAAAUGUAAGCAUGUAAAAAUUGUUGGGUUUGUGUGUGGGUAUGUGAAGUGAAUAUGCAACUUUUUGGUUUAUAACCUGCUCCAAAACUGGCUUCUUACAUUAAAAAUGUCACCUGCGUGAA